AUGAGUUGUUCCUUUUCGUCAAGUGACAGCACAUGCGGUCCAACCGCGUACGCACCAGAAGACGCAAGUAUCAUACCUGUUAGAGCUUGCAGGAAGGAUUUGUCUGGUUACCUCACUAGUCUAGGUGUGAGUGGCUGCCGCGGAAUUGGCACAAGCAAUAUUCUAGCCGAAUACGAACUUAUUCUUAAUCGUGCCGGCUUUUAUAACCUGUCGAGGGAGGAUACGGAAAAAAUGACGAUCUGUCCAAAGCACAGAUACGAGCUUUCUACACAUUUCCAGCAGCUUCCACCUAGAUGCUUGUAUCCAAUUCACAGAGGCGAAAAGAAAUCCCUGAAAAACCCUCGUCGGGUAAACAAAAAGGUCUCAGAAGAAAUGUUCAGCCUAUAUCAUGUGAAAGUUCCAAUUGGUUCCGGUAUGUAUAAUCCAUCUUUACGCCUGUGUCUACUUUUGCUUUGUUUUAAUGUUUGUGUUUUCCUUUCAUUUGAAAUUAACAAGCUAUGCACCCUAGAUACCGUGACAAUUUAUACAAGUAAUAGGUGAAGCGAGAUAUAUGUGGUAACCAAAAAAAAUUUGUUUCAGUUAUCUGUAGCAAUUGUCGAAAACAGCAUGGGAGGAUGUCCCAAGAACUUACAACUUGCGACAGCAAAGACGAGCUGGAGGUUUGAUGAUGUUUUAAACUUUUUACAAAACUCAGGAUAUUUUUUCGUGACAAAUCCUAUGCUUUGUAAUUAGAUUUUGAUAAUUCAAUAUUCAAAUGUUUACACAGGUGUAAUGAGCUGGAUGAAAUCCAAUUUUUUCCAACAGCUCUCCCAAUGAGGCUGUUCUCUCUCUUUCGUUGGUGAUCGUAAUUGCACAAUAUGCAAAGUAAUUUUGAAUAAUCUCCCGAAUAUGAAACUGUUGUCUUUUGAAAGCAAGGCAAUUUAAUUCUCAUAGUCUUUCGAAGAAUUUUAUUUCCGAAGCUUACAUCGCUAGGGCGGUUGAGUACGUCUAUAAUGAUCUCGGAACGAUAAUCAAAGCAGUGUAAAAUAAGAUAGGAAUGUUUUAUUAAAUUGUAAACCGAAGCAUGUUAGUUGACCGUCUUCAUAAAUAUUUCCCUUAGCCAGAAAGGGUAUUAAUAAAAAUUCAAUGAAUAAUUAUACCGGGGGGGUGACUCUAAUAUGAAAGGGGCGGGGAUACAGUGCAAUAACGGAAAGAGAUAGUUCCGUUGUUCACGUUGCAUUACAUUCCCGGAAUUGACCAUAACGGGACAUGUGACAGAAAUAUUUAUUUUUCAAAUAAAAGGCGAAUUGAGUCUAUCGAUUUUUAUUAUGUUAAUUUUAGAAGGUUAUGAUAAAUUAUCGCAAAGAUGUGUAUCACCAUUCUUCAUGAGUAUUUUUUACGAACACGGGUGAGAGAAUAAGGAUUGUCGUUGGAGAGUCGCUAAAGGUAGCGUUCAAACUUUUGAGAGAAAUUUGAUGACUAGUAUAGAUCAUUUGUUUAAUCCACGCGUCAGUUGCAAGUUUGCUACAAGUAAGUAAGUUACCGUAUAAUUAAGACAAUUUUUAGGAACAAGGAGAUGAAAGUAAUGACACUGGAAGCAAAAUAAGUCCUGUGGAAGAGGCUGAAGAAACAAAUUUAAACGCUGCAUUUGCUUUUCUGGAAGUUUCAUCAGAUCCAACUUCACGACGCGAAGAGGUUGAAAUCACCUUGGAUAGAACCGUUUGUAGCAUUGAAGACGAAGAUCAGGAAGUCAGUUUUUGGAUAGAUGAAGAACAAAGUCAUCAGGAAAGUCGCAUAGUUUUGAAUGAAGCCAUUUCACGUAUCACAGAGGGAAGAGUCAGUCAAUAGCAUCGUCUCUCUGUUCGAACUGGGAAAGUACAUCAAGCUCACAAAAAUGUCAUUAUUUGCGAAAAGUACGCCAGGUUUUCUCUGCGGUUCUCGCAACAAUUGCUCCAGAUCAAGAAGAUGAAGUAUUUGAAGCUCUGCUGCGUUCUUCAGGCUAUGACAUUCAAGAGAAAACCCGCGAUGAUGUUAAGGAAAAUGCUUUCAGCAACGAAAUUCCAAUUUUGCUUGAAGCUUACAACCAAUCUGAAAGUCGUCAUACUCGACUACAAAUUCUAUCUAUGUUUUCCAGACAUUUUUCGAAACAGGAACUCCGGGAGAUGAUUCCAGGUCUUAGUAAAUGGCAAAUCGAUCGUGCUCGGCGUCAUGCCGCUAAAGAAGGACCAGGGCAUCAAGUGGUACCGAUACCGAUAAAACGAACACGCCUCGAUCCCGUAAAGACAAGCCACUUUGUGACCUUUAUCACCAGACCAAAUUUCCUUCAGGACGUUGCUUAUGGCACUAAGGAACUGAAGCUUGAUUCGGGAGAAAAAAUCACUAUUCCAAACGUAAUCAGGACAAUGGUUUCCUCCCGGUUAAUAAAACAAUACAUCUCGCUUUGCCAAGAGAUAGGCUUUGAACCUGCAAGUGAACGAACUUUGUAUAGGAUAAUUGACGUUUGUUCCGCUUCCAAGCAGAAAUCAAUGCAGGGGCUGGAUUAUUUUUCAACGGAAGGAGCACAAGCGUUUGAAACCCUCCAAAUUGACGUCAAUACUCUUGAGAAAGGAGGCGCUGAUUCCACUUGGGCUAGGGAGAUGUCUAAAACGCUGCAGGAGACCAAAAGAUAUUUGAAAACCGAUUAA